CAGCACAUUCUCCCGUGGGAGCAGCGCCGAAUGCAGACCAAGUCCUGUGGUUUCUCGUGCCCUUAAUCGAGCGCCACGACCUCUCCGCUUCUGCUUACCGUCCGCUCUGGAUGCCUUCACCCCAUCACCGCCUCCUUUUCAGAAUCUUCAGCUCACUCCCCUCCCUUAAUACCUCGCCAUCCUCCUUCCUCUUCCCCAGUCGUCUCCAUUUUCGCGUACCAACUCCUCUCCAUCUGGCCACAUCUACUUCAUCUCCUUGCUUCAUUUCCUCCAUCAGAACGAACGACAUGCCUUUCAAGCACCGCGGCGGCCACGCGGCAGGGGAACGGCGGCACUGGAAAGAGAAACCUCGUGCUGUCUCCGUCAGCAACGUUACGGAAAAUAUCGGCAACCUGAGAAUCGCCGAUCACUCGGGUCCUAAUAACAAGGGUACCGGUGCUAGCGGUAGCUCUUCUGCGUUGCAGUUUGGGACGAGGUCGGCGAUGCCUGCCAAUUCGAUCGCAAAGGGACGGCAACAUGCUGUUUGGUUGCCGAAGACUUACGCGACAGCGUCGGAGGUUGUGGCAUCCGCUGCGCCUUCUGCGGCGCCUUUGAGUACGGAGAAGGAAACUGAGGUGGGUUCUGCGGGGAGUUUGUCUAGGUUGUUUCAAGGCCAGUUGGAUGAAAACUUUGUGAUCGACAACAAUACGUUCUCCAGGUCUCAGAUACGGGCGACGUUCUAUCCAAAAUUUGAGAAUGAGAAGUCGGAUCAAGAGAUUAGGGCAAAAAUGAUAGAUAUGGUAACCCAUGGCAUAGCUACGGUAGAGGUAUCACUUAAGCACUCGGGAUCUCUAUUUAUGUAUGCUGGUCAUCUGGGUGGAGCAUAUGCAAAAAAUAGCUUUGGAAACAUAUACACUGCAGUUGGUGUUUUUGUGCUGGCUCGGACAUUCCAAGAGGCAUGGGGUACUAUGGCAAUAAAAAAACAAGCAGAGUUUAAUGAUUUUUUAGAGGAAAAUCGAAUGUGUAUAUCCAUGGAACUGGUUACUGCAGUAUUGGGGGACCACGGUCAACGACCUAUUGAUGACUAUGUUGUUGUGACAGCUGUAACCGAAUUGGGACAUGGCAAACCAAAAUUUUUCUCCACCCCAGAAAUUAUCGCAUUUUGCCGCAAGUGGCGCUUACCAACAAAUCAUGUUUGGCUUUUCUCUUCAAGGAAAUCUGUCGCAUCCUUCUUUGCCGCCUAUGAUGCAUUAUGUGAAGAGGGAACUGCCACUCCAGUCUGUAAGGCUCUUGAUGAUAUUGCUGACAUAUCUGCGCCAGGGUCAAAAGAUCAUAUAAAAUCUCAGGGUGAAAUAUUGGAGGGCUUGGUUGCUCGUGUCGUCAGCCAUGAUAGCUCUGAACAGAUGAACAAAGUUCUAAAAGAGUACCCCCCUCCAUCCGUGGAUGGACUUGGCCAUGACUUGGGACCAAGCUUGCGUGAAGUUUGUGCUGCUAAUAGGGCUGACGAGAAGCAGCAAAUAAAAGCACUGCUCCAAGGUGCAGGAACUUCAAUGUGUCCAGACCAGUCCGACUGGUUUGGUGAUGGUGUUGGCGCUCAUUCUCGAAGUGCUGAUCGAUCUGUACUUUCUAAAUUUUUACAAGCUCAUCCUGCGGACUAUUCAACCAUAAAAUUACAGGAAAUGAUACGCUUGAUGAGGCAAAGACAUUUCCCUGCUGCAUUUAAGUGUUACCAUAACUUACACAAGAUAGAUUCCAUAUCAAAGGAUCAUCUUUACUAUAAGAUGGUCAUCCAUGUGCACAGUGAUUCCGCCUUUCGAAGAUAUCAGCAGGAAAUGAGGCGGAACCGAGGUUUAUGGCCCCUUUAUAGAGGUUUUUUUGUCGACAUUGAUUUAUUUAAAUUACAGAAGGAUAUGGCUUCUGAACUAGCAAAGGAGAGCACUGCUCUGGUAAAGAAUUUGACUAGUAGUUGUGCUUCAAAAAUAGAAACAGAUGGUCUAGCUGAUGAGGAUGAAAAUUUGAUGAUCAAAUUGAAAUUUCUCACAUACAAGAUUCGCACCUUUUUGAUUCGCAAUGGCUUAUCUAUACUUUUCAAAGAUGGCCCAUCAGCUUACAAGACAUACUACUUAAGGCAAAUGAAGAUUUGGGGAACAUCAGCUGGAAAACAGAGAGAGCUGAGUAAAAUGCUUGAUGAAUGGGCAGUUUAUAUUCGACGGAAAUUUGGGCACCGUCAGUUGUCAUCGUCAACCUAUCUUUCUGAAGCUGAACUUUUUCUUGAAAAGUAUGCCAUGCGCAGUCCACAAAACCAGGCUUUGGUAGGAUCUGCUGGAAAUCUUGUCAGGGUUGAGAAUUUUCAGGCUAUCAUUGAAGGAGUUAGAGAUGAAGAGGGCGAUCUUCAUCCUGAUGAAGAUUCAGCCCCUAGUAGUCCCACAACCGCUAAUUUAGACAUGGUUAAAAAAGAUGAGGGUCUUAUUGUGUUCUUCCCCGGAAUUUCAUGAUGCGCUGCAUUCAAAUCUGCUUUGUGCAAAGAAAUAUUAAAAACUCCCAGCAUAUUCGGAGACAAUCGUCCGGUGCAUAGUUUGAUGGGUGAUAUGAUCAAAGGACGAUAUUGGCCCAAGGUAGCUGAAGAGCGCAAGAAGAAACCUUAUACUAUAACCCUUGCUGACAAAAAUGCACCCAAUGAAGAAGUGUGGAGACAGAUUGAGGACAUGUGUCGGAGUACAAAAGCCUCUGCUAUUCCUGUUGUUCCUGACUCUGAAGGAACCGAUUCAAAUCCAUUUUCUCUCGACGCUCCUGCUGUUUUCAUAUUUCGAGUACUCCAGCGAGUCAAUCAUCCGGGAAAUCUGGACAAGUCAUCUCCAAAUGCUGGCUAUGUCCUGUUGAUGUUUUACCACCUUUAUGAUGGCAAGAACCGAAAAGAAUUCGAAAGUGAAUUGAUUGAAAGAUUCGGUGCUCUUGUCAAGAUGCCUUUAUUGAAAUCUGACAGGCAACCUCUACCUGAUUCUGUGCGGAGUGUACUUGAGGAAGGCUUAAAUCUCUACAGGCUUCACACAAACAGGCAUGGAAGGGCGGAACCGGGCAAAGGCUCAUAUGCAAAGGAAUGGGUGCAAUGGGAAAAGCGUCUGCGAGAGGUUUUGUUCAGAAAUGCCGAUUAUCUCAACUUUAUCCAGAUUCCAUUUGACUUGGCCGUCAAGCAAGUCACAGAACAACUCAAAGAUGUCGUAAAAGGUGGAAUUAGAACUCCAGAAUCUGAAAAGAGGAGAUUCGGCAACCUUGUUUUUGCAGCUGUCACACUCCCCGUGCUUGAGAUCAGAAGUCUAUUGGAGAAGUUGGCCAAUAAAGAAUCUGAAGUUCAAGCAUUCCUUAAAGGCAAAGAAUUGGAGAAAAGUCUAACCAAGGCUCAUGUAACCCUGGCUCACAAAAGGAGUCAUGGGGUGACAGCCGUUGCUAGUUAUGGUGUUCACCACCAUAAGAAAGUCCCAGUCGAGUUCGUCGCAUUGCUAUUUUCUGAUAAUUUGGCUGCUUUUGAAGCACGAAUAGGAUCCAUCGAAGGUGAAAAGAUAAGCUCUAAAAAUGAAUGGCCCCACACUACAAUCUGGACUGCAGCAGGAGCUUCAGCUAAGGAUGCAAAUAUGUUACCACAAUUACAUUCUGAAGGCAAAGCAAAGAGGAUAGAAAUUGAUCCACCUCUUACAGUGGAUGGUGUGUUGGAUUUCUAUUGAGGUUAGUUAAGGCUCUUAUUUAUUCUUCCUUGACAAAAAGGGGUGAUUUUGUUAAAAAAAAUUAUAAAAAAAACAGAAAAAUUUUGGAAGAAAUGCUGAUUUGGUGAGUAAUUGAGUCUCCAGGAAUGUUCAUUUGUGGGUAGAAAUUUUUGCUCGGAGUAUUUAUGUUGUUAUGGUGCUAAACUAAUUAUAGUUGUAUUUUGAUUUUUUUUUAGACUGGUAAUGC